AUGCUCGAGAACAAUUGCAGCAAUUGUCUGGAGCCAGCGGCAACAUCUACCCCGCCUUCGACCUCGUCCCCACCCAACCCCAGCCUUGCGCAGUGUCUCACCGCCCCUGAGGAAGCAAGCACACCUUGGGCGCAGCGCGCCCUUUCCAUCUGCAGCUGGGUCAACGACGUCUCAACACGCUCUCCUUGCAUCGAACCUCCUGUCUCUUCUCCCUCGGUCGAUGCUCAGGUACUGGACACCAUGUCAGACAGCUCGAGACUACGUCACAUGAAGGCGCAGAGACGUUCGCGCUCCUGCAGCCCGACGAAGAAGAGUUCGCAAUAUCGCAACACCGUGCUGAAGCCCGUGAACAUCAUUGUUGACGGUGAUCAUGAUCUCCCACCCAAUAUCGAAGCGCUCCUCCCGGAAGGACUGCGCGAUCUUCUCGACCAUCCGCAGAUUGCUCCUCUCACCAACCAUCACACACGCAAUGAACCUGCGGAUGAACAUAAUGGCAGUAGAGCUUGGACAGCGGGGUCGGCAAGUGAGGUCAAUCAGCUCGCAGUUGUGUAUCGAGACGAGUGCUGCGAGCUGGCGAGGAAAACUGGCUCUGAGCCAGAAUACAGGACACAUCUCUACGGUGACGUGGUGGAAAAACUCGCCAGAAUCCAACCCUGGCGCCGCACUCUCAGUGCUAAUUGCAGCGACAAGCUCUGGCUCGCCUCGCUCAAACCACCCAAUCCGACCCCUAUACUGGCUUUGCCCUGGCCACCCCUAUCAGCAAACCCUGUAGCUUCGAAACCCCAAGAGCACGUGUCAUUGGAAUCAUGUCAAAGUUCAUUUGAUUCCAACAUCAUCCACGUGCGACCUGACAGCAUUCCCUUCAAUCUCGCCUCCCCACCUGUGUCCACAGAGCCAAGCGAGCCCUCGUCCGCCAGCGAUGUGGACGGUACAAUCACGACGCCAAAACCAGAUAUCACUGUUGGGAUUUCUCGAGAGGCUUUCAGUCGCAAUCAUGCGCUCCUACUUGAUUACUGGCAAAGUCACAAAGUGGUUCUCAGCGAUCCGCACACCACACAAGGCGACAUGCGCUUUCCGUUCUUCAUCAUUGAAGCUAAGGGUUUGAGCACCGAUGGCAACCUUAUAGGGGCACAAAACCAAGCCGCAGGAGGUGGAACGUGUGCAAUUAGGCUGCUGGCGUCUCUCGCAGCGCAAGAUCCCGAGAACGACGCACCACGCAUUGUUUUUAGCUGUACGACUGAGGGCGCUAUACACGAACUCUGGAUCCACUACCAAACAACAGACGAGGAAAAUAUUCCGUUGCACCAUAUGGCAUGUUUGGGAGCCUGGAGGACCACACUAGGUCGCCAUGCCAGUGAAUUUGUAUCAGCGCUGGCGGUCAUCUUUUCCUGGGGUGCGAACGUCUUUUUCCCGCAGAUCACGAGGGUUCUGGAUAGGGUCCUUAACCCAGCGAUCUCUGCUGGGUGA